AUGCGUAAGCCACUUCUGCUUCUAACGUGGUGGAUAUCGUUAGCAAGCGCUGUGAGUAUAAAGUUACCAAGCACCGAAAAGCGAGACCAUUUAGAAUACAACGCUGUGCUAGCAUGCGCAUCGUAUAUCAACACUCUGGAAUGGUCAUUCGAUAGUUCUCUUUCACCCGGGUUCUACUCUACCGUAUGCUCUUAUCCGCCGGCGUUUGAUACUUGGUCAUUAUGUACCUUUAAUUCACUCACAGACCACGCUCCUUCCACAGACAACACAAGUUUCGAAGGAAGCUUGGGCUACGUACGGAAUACCUGCUCGUUCGUCGAUGGAAAGUUUAUCAACAUUUCGUUAGAACAGUACUACUUCUCUUUGAAUAAUGCUUCCUUGCACGCUAUAGGUGACUAUAGUUCUGUUGAACACUUAUCCACAUCAAUCCGGGUCGAUUGUAAAACGAGGAACAAAUGGAUACGAGCAUUUCAUGCUCAUGCUUAUAAUUUGGAUGUCAGUAGCGUAUAUGGUACGUAUUUGAGUUACUAUUUCGUUGCAGUGGGAGUCAUCGCCAUGUUCUUCCAUAUGAGUCAUUACAAUGGGUUGAAUCGAGCGCUAUUCCGGUCUCGAUUUAUCAACUAUAUUCGAGGCCAUUUUGUAUUGCCCACAUUUUUAAUCGAUAAGCAUGCUAACCAUUUCAAGUUCAUGGAUUUGGAAGUCUUUACGGGUUUGAUGCCAAGUUCCUUAGAAUCGUGGAUUAUUAUUGGCUACUCAUUGGCUAACGUCAUAUUUUUGUCCAUAGACUACAUCAUAGAUCCAUAUAAUCUUAUUUUCCAAAACCGUCUGUCACAAUUUACCAGGUUAGUAGCCGAUAGAUCCGGGAUAUUGGCAUUUACACAGUUUCCUUUAAUCAUCAUCUUCACGGCAAGGAAUAGUUUUUUGGAAUUUCUGACAGGACUCAAAUUCAACUCAUUCAUUAGUUUUCAUAAAUGGAUCGGUAGAAUCAUGGUCUUGAAUGCAACAGUACAUUCCCUUUCGUAUUCGUUAUUUGCUCUGGCCAGCCACAGCUUUACAGCGAGCAACAAACAGUUAUACUGGAAGUUUGGCAUUGCAGCUAUAACGACGCUUUCCGUCUUGCUGAUUUUAUCACUAGGAUUGGUAAGGAAAACCCACUACGAGUUUUUCCUGUACACGCAUAUCGUAUUGGCCAUUCUGUUCUUUUAUUGUUGUUGGAAACACGUCAAGAUCUUCAAUGGUUGGAAAGAAUGGAUUGUGAUAUCCUUGAUUAUCUGGGGGUUUGAGAAAGUAUUCAGAAUUUGGAACAUUUUGCAAUUCAGAUUCCCCAAAGCUACACUAAUCAAUUUGAACACCAGCAAGAACCCUCAUGACGAAAUGUUCAAAGUAAUCAUACCCAAACAUAACCACAACUGGCAUUCCAAGCCGGGUCAGUAUUGUUUCAUUUACUUCUUACAUCCAUUGGUGUUUUGGCAAUGCCAUCCAUUCACCAUUAUCGACGAAGGAGAUAAAUGUGUUUUGGUGAUCAAACCGAAGAAUGGUCUCACAAGGUUCAUAUACAACCGGAUCUUGCAAUCAUUAAAUGGUAAGUUGCAGCUCCGAGUGGCCAUUGAAGGACCAUAUGGGCCUAGUAAUCACAAGCUGGACAGAUUCGACCAUUUGCUAUUAUUGAGCGGAGGGUCAGGCUUACCUGGCCCAUUAGACCAUGCCAUAAAACUUUCACGGGGACCCGACAAAUCAGCAAAUAUAAAUUUAAUCAUAGCGAUCAAGAAUCUUGCGUUUCUGAGUGGUUACAACUCUGAAAUCUUAGAAUUGAAGGAAAACCGAUCCCGUGUCAACGUGCAGAUAUAUCUCACGCAGAAAACUGCUGUUAUGAAGAAAGCAGAUGCACGUGACCAACUAACAAAUGUCAAUGAUUUAAUGGCCGAACUAACAAGCUUUGCCCAGAUCGAGCACACAAGACCCAAUUUUAAUGAGGUAAUCGACAAAACAAUAAGGAAAUCGAUACCAAGAGACUCUUUAGCGAUCGUAUGCUGCGGUCCGCCCGUCCUGGUCGACGAUGUAAGAAACAACGUUUCCCGAAAAAUUAUCGAUUAUCCUGAAAGGGUAAUCGAAUAUUUUGAAGAAUACCAAUGCUGGUGA